UACUUCAUGUUCUGGAGCUCCACCCUUACAAGCAAAAUCUAACGAAGCUCAUUAUUCACAUAGUUUUAUAAGGGAAGAUGUCCCCUUAUCUUAUAAGUACAGUGCAAUACAUCAUUACACUCCAAAGAGGGCAGAAGACAGUCUUAAUAGACAUGAGGAUACUCCGAAGAGAAAUGAAGACUUUCCACAGAGGCAGGAGGUAUCAUAUCACGUUCAUUCAGCGAAUAACUCACCGCUCAAGCCGUUGAGUAACAGAACAAUCCAAUUCGCUCCAAUGAACCAUCAAUUUCCUGUAUAUUCAAAUUCAGAAGAAAACAUGUAUCCGCCAACGCCCAUCUUGUAUACUUCAAUUGUUUCAAACCCAGUUACUGAAUACGGAAACAUUAAACUUACUGAAAAUUCAGCGGAACCAACCUUGCAUCUGGAACCAAAACGUAUUCCCUAUAAGGCGAAGAACAUAAGUCCUAGUACUUAUAGGCCACAUAUAAACCACGACGUUAAAAUGUUGCAUUCCCAUCAUUCGCAUCUUCGACCAAAGGUCUACAAGGCGUUGGCAACAACGGCAGCGACACCAACAUUCGAAAUGGCUGACUUGCAUCAUUUGGCGAUUUUCCAUCAACUUCACCAGCAACUGGAUCAGGAGCCUAAGUACAUCGCCCCAACAACUACGAUUGAAAAUCCUAAACUUUCUCAUAUACUUAAUCUUGGCGUCAAAAUUCUACCAAAACAGGGGGUCCCCUUCAUCACAAUGCCGCACGAGCUGAGCAGAAAUACGCCAUUCCAACCGAUACCACGUAUAGCUUAUCAUAAAAAGUUUAAUGUCGUGUAGGAGAAGCUGCAUGGGAAGCCCCGAAGCGCACGCAAGCUAUCACUUGAAUAA